ACGGUACAUGCACUGUAAAUGGUAAAAUGAUGUAUAAUUGUAUGUUGCGUAAUGGGUUAACAUCUCUUGAUUUGCAAAGUCGAACAAGCGGCCCUUGCUAUACAUAUGAAUCAGGUACUGGGUACAAAUCAUAUAUAGAUCAUAUACUGGUGUCCGAAGAACUACUACCUGCGUGUUUAAGCUGUAAAGUACUGGCAGAUAGUUUUACAAUUGGAUGUGGUCAUCUUGCUAUAGAAUCUGAAAUUGAUCUGCCAUCUAUUUUAAUGCAAAAAAGUUCUCCUUGUGCGUCAAUCAAGCCAAGUUUUGCAUGGCAUAAAUUAACAGAUCAAUUAAAGGGUGAUUACACAAAUGAUGUUGAUACUCAGGUAAAGAGAUUAAUUAGCGAUAUUUCCAAGCUUAAUGUUAUCGAUAUGGCAGUAAUUGAUGCCUACUUUUCCAGGUUAGAAAAUCUCUUAUUAGAGAAGUCAAACUUAUACGUGCCAAUUAAGCAAUUUUGCAAGCACCAGAAACCCUUCUGGAAUGUGGAGCUUACUGAACUUGUGCGUAAAAGGAAGCUUGCUUGGCGCGAAUGGGUUCGGGCUGGUAGGCCCAGAGAUUGCUCAAAUGUUUUUAGACGUGCUUUUAAAAAUGCGAAACGUGCCUUUUCAAAAUUGUAUAAUCUAAUGAAAAAUGAGUAUGAACUGGCACAGCUCGACAACUUGUACUAUGCUGAUGAUUUAGAUCAGAAUAUGUUCUGGCACCUUGUAAACAAAAGUAGAUUAUAUGUUAAAAAAUCGGGUAAAUCAAUCAGAAAUGAUAAUGGUCAAGUAAUUACGGAUCCAGUGGAAGUAUGUCAAGAAUGGAAACUGUAUUUUAGUCGAUUAGCUUCUUACGACAAAAGAGACAUCUUUAAUUCAGACUUUGAACAAUAUGUAAAUGAUGAUAUUUCAAGGAUGGAAUUGAAUUGUAUGAAUAAUUUUGAUGGCAU